AUGAAGAAGGUGAAUGAUAUCAUGCACGGUGGUGCUCUUGAGGAGGUUGAGAAGGCUGGGAGGUGCUGGGGGAUAGAGAGGUCAAGAAGGUUCUAUUUCCGCUAUGCGUCUCCGUCUGCACGAAGUUUAUAUGAGGGCGUAGAAGAUGAAGCCGGCCAUGCCACGCGAGCUCGUGCGGGUAACAUCGUUGCUAUCACUCAAAGUGGAUCCAACGAAGCCGAACGGACCCUUGCCCAAGCCUUCGCCCACACACGAAUCUACGGCCACUUUUCCCCCUACAGCGUCUUCUCCGCCUAUAACAUCUUCCCCGCCUACAGCGUCCGGAUCACCCAUCAAGCAGCCUCCUUCGCCCUGGACCAUGAGCUCGCUCAGAAGGAACAAGCAUUGAAGUACCACCAAACUCCUGCCUACCUAUCCACAAAAUGA